AUGGCGCGAAAGAGGAUAAAACACGAGCAAAUCGCGAAUCAAAACAAGCGAAACUCUAUCCUCGCCAAACGAACCGAAGGGUUCUUGAAGAAGGCCGAGCAACUGAAGACACUUUGCGGCGUUGACAUGGCCAUUAUCGGCCACAAGCAAGGCGGCGAAAGCAAUAUGAUUCUUUGGCCGUCGCCGGAGGAAGUGGCGGAGAGGGUCGACAAAUUUAUGGAGUUUCCAUUGCUCGAAAGGAACAAGAAAAUGGUGACUCACGAGAAAUACAUCGAGCAAAUUCUGAAUACCGAAAGGGAGAAUCUUGCUAAGUUGAAGGAGGCUGUGCUUGUGAAGGAGGGCCAUCACGUGCUUGCCAAGAAGCCUGUUGAAACCAUGCACGUGACUGAGCUUGAAAUGGUGGAGGCCAUGGCGACGGACAUGAUUAAGAGGCUGAAGAACAGGGCUGAAGAACUAGGCAUGCAGGUGGCGCCGACAGGCGGCGCUGCCCCCGGGCAGGCGGCGGGCAGACCGGAUCGGAGCCUUAAGCAGGUGGUUGAGGCGCCGGAGGCGGAUAAGUGGUUUUCUGGCGGCGCUGGAGGUAGUGGUAGCGGCGGCGGCGGCGGGUCUUCUUCUAGGUUUGGAGGGUUUUCCGGUGGUUCUGGUGGUGGUGGAGGUUCUUCUUUUGGAGGGUUUUCCGGUGGGUCUUCUUCUGGUGGUGGAGGUUCUUCUUUUGGUGGGUUUUCCGGUGGGAGUGGUUACUAG